AUGGUCAGCUCCUGUUGUGGCCCCGUCUGCUCUGACCAGGGCUGUGGCUUCGGCCUUUGCCAGGAAACCUGCUGCUGCCCCAGCUGCUGCAUCUCCAGCUGCUGCCGCCCCUCCUGCUGUGGCUCUAGCUGCUGUGGCUCCAGCUGCUGCAGGCCCAGCUGCUGCAUCUCCAGCUGCUGCCGCCCCUCCUGCUGUGGCUCCAGCUGUUGCUGCCCUGGCUGUGGCCUGCGUCCAGUCUGUGGCCGGGUUUCCUGCCACACCACUUGCUACCGCCCAACCUGUGUCAUCUCCACCUGCCCGCGCCCCAUGUGCUGCCAGACUACCAGAUGCAGGACCACCUGCUGCCGCCAUACCUGCAGUGUGUCCAACUGCUGACUCCCCAGCUGCAGUGUGCCCAGCUGCUGCUGCCCCUCCUACUGCAUCUGCAGCUGCUGCCACCCCUCCUGCUGUGGGUCUAGCUGCUGUGACUCUAGCUGCUGCAGGACCAGCUGCUGCAUCUCCAGCUGCUGCUGCCUCUCUGGCUGUGGCUUUAGCUACAGUGGCUCCAGCUACUGUAGGCCCAGCUGCUGCAUAUCCAGCUGCUCCCGCCCAUCCUGCUUCGGUUCCAGCUGCUGCAGGCCCAGAUGUUGCAUAUUCAGCUGCUGCCACCCUUCUUGUGGUGGUUCCAGCUGCUGUGACACCAGCUGAUACUG